AAUCAGCGCUCAUUCGCGGAGUAAAUGGACACUCAGCAUCGGUCCCUGGCUGCUUGGAUGUGUCGAGCUGCAGUUUACCGCAACAAAGAAACGUCGCUACAUCGCCGAAACACAAGAAACAGCCGUGGAAUUAUCAUUGUUGUCAUCAGCGGAGAAGUGGAGAGGCCCCGGCUCUUCUCACCUGGUGGAGAAAUCCUCGGAGAAAAGUGUCGUUUGUAGACGAGUUGAGUUCGUGUUCGGAGUGUCAGCAGUUUGUCUUUCUGAAGACAUUUAUGGCAUGAAACCAGAUCGCAUACAUCUUUCAUUCAUCACCUCCUCCUUCAUCUCCCUCCACCACUCUCCGGUUAGGGACUCUUGGCUCAGCUCCACCGCAUUGAUGAGGUAACGUCAAGCUCUACGCAGCGCAGCACCCACCUGCACAAACACCACCCUUGCCCCCCUUCCUCCCCCUCCUUCUGUCAACCUUUCCACCGCAGCUAUGGGGCAGAAGAUCUCCGGCAGCAUCAAAUCAGUAGAUGGUCGUGGGGAAAGUGGUGGCUCCCCGUCUUAUCGGCCUUUGGCGCACCGUCGGCAGCACCCUGAACUGAGGGGCCCAGAUUUCGCCAAACCUCCCAGACUGGACCUCCUACUGGACAUGCCAUGUGCUGGACUGGAGACGCAGCUCCGCCACGCGUGGAACCCUGACGACCGUUCCCUCAACAUCUUCAUAAAAGAUGAUGAUAAACUGACAUUUCACCGCCACCCGGUCGCUCAGAGCACGGACUGCAUCCGGGGCCGGGUCGGAUACACAAGGGGUCUCCACGUGUGGAAGAUCCACUGGCCCUCCCGGCAGCGUGGCACCCACGCCGUGGUCGGAGUGGCGACCUCAGAGGCUGCUUUACAUUCUGUAGGCUACACAGCGCUGGUGGGGUCGGACUGUGAAUCCUGGGGCUGGGAUCUAGGACGCAACAGGCUCUAUCACGAGAGCAAGAACAGGGCCCACAGCUCGCUGCCCACUUACCCUUGUUUCUUGGAGCCGGAGGAGACGUUCAACCUGCCGGACUCUCUGCUAGUGAUUCUGGACAUGGACGAAGGGACGCUAAGCUUCAUGGUGGAUGGACAGUAUCUAGGAGUCGCGUUCAGAGGACUGAAAGGCAAGAAGCUGUAUCCUGUCGUCAGCGCUGUGUGGGGACAUUGUGAGAUAGCCAUGAAGUAUAUCAACGGCUUGGAUCCCGAGCCUCUUCCUCUGAUGGACCUGUGUCGGCGUGCAGCCCGUCUGGCGUUGGGUCGGGAGCGGCUUCAGGAGAUCGAGACCCUCCCUCUGCCCCAGUCCCUGAAAAAUUACCUCCAAUACCAGUGACUGACACCAGCAGAGUCAACUGGAAGUACAAGGACACAAACCAAACCACCGCAAAGUCUAAAGAUGGAUAUUGAAUAAAAGGAUGCAAAAAGAGGAGUCUAGAUGAAAGCGUGUCCACACUGAGAGCUCCAGAGCUCUACAAACGAGAAUUAUUGUGGAUGAACUGACGGAGGAGGUCCAGGCUUUCAAACAAAGACAGCACCAGCUUCUUUUGGAUUUCAAGCUGCUUUUUUCAUUUGUUUUUAACUUGAAAUAAAUUAUUGAUGAUGGUAUCCCAUCAGUGUCUCACUCAUCCAGAAAGAAAACCAUGCGGUGUGGUAAAGAGGUGACGGUGUUCAGAUGACCACCGCCACCUAGUGAUGAGAAUGAAAACUGCGCCAAGAAAGCACACUAAUCCUAUCCCUGGAGGCCUUUCUGACAUACAGUCAGUGACCAUAUCAUUACUGUUGGAUACCAUAGUGUGUAUUCAUGGUCUCCACUGGCACAGGUGACAGGCUGCAGAGUCCAAGAGGAUUUUAGCACUGAUGUUUUUAUCUGAUUGACUCGGGCCCGACCAGAAGCUUACAUUGCGUUUAAAAUAGAUCAGAAACAUGGCUGCAAGGUGGAUGAAAAACUUAGAAACAAAAAGGCAUGCCUUAUGCAGACGUUUCACCAGAAGUAAGCCCUUUUCAGACAUGAAAUAGGUAACAAUUAAAGUGAUUGCUUUUUGUCCUUCAGAGAUAAAUGUUUGCUCGUACAAUGUUUAGCACCUGGUGCACGAGAAGGCUAUCUUAAUUAAUGAUUAUUGUCAGAGUAAGAGAUGCUCACCACCGCUUCCCAUCCAUCAUUUUCAUCAUUUAGUUUAUUUCAUUUAUUUUCUUCUGCUGUGUAUGUUUUACAAUAAUGGCCAAGUACAGAAUGCAAAUAUGUUACACUGGGACUUUUGUUUGCUCAUAUGCUGUAUGUAAAGCAUUUUAUACACAGGAUAUUUAUCAUUGCAUGGAUGACAUGCAGUUAGCCUGAAUGUAACUUUGAAUUAAGGAGGGUCUGAUGAUUAAUGUUAAUGUUGGUGGGCUGUAGUACCCAACGAUGUUAUAAGUUCCUGGAAAUGUUUUAAUGCCCGAAAAUGUAAUAACUCUUUUACUUAACCUGACCAAAACUGUAAUUAAAUGCUGUGACUUAUAUUCUAAUAACAUAAGUCAGUAAUACCUGUCAUAUUUUAUCAAACUCUGAUAUCCUCUAGAGAAUUUCAGCAAUUUAAAGAAGUGGAUUAGACUUCACUAAUAUAAUAAGAUGUUUGCAUCAAAAAGCAUUAUAUAGCAUGUAACACAUGGCUAAUUAUUAUUAUUAUUAUUUUUUUUAAUCUAGCCUGAAGCCUAUUAGUUUACAUUCAUAGCCUGUCAAACUUUUGCUUGUUAAUGUCAACUUCUUAUCACAUCAGUCAAAGCUAGGCUACUUUAAAGACUAGACAAUGUCAGGAAGGAGUUUGAUAGGAUAUGAAAUGUUAUUACAUUUUUGAUCAGGGCAAGUACAGAUGUUAUUAUAUUUUCAAGAAAUUAUUACAUUACUGGGUGUGUUUUUUAAAACCUCUACUGUCCAAAGUGCAUUGGGAAAUAAAAAAUAUUUUUGGUAGCCUUAUCUGACACAAAAACAAUCCUCUAAAUAAUCUGCUCAGAUGUGGCUCAUUAACAGUGUUUCACUGUCUAAAAAAACAAAACAAAGAAAAACGUUUUUCUUUGUGCAGAAAAUAAUCUAAUUACAUUACACACACAAUAACCUAAGUGCUGUACGAUGUAAACAAAAAUAUUGCUAAAUUCUGAUUGGUGGAUGGAAAUAGGUUUAAUCGUUUUAUUUCUAAAUUAGCCCCACCCACUUUAAACCAAUCAGAAGAAGAAAUACACAAAUCUCUAAUGUGAAAUAACUUUUUCUUUUGAGGGAUUCCAUUGAUCACAAUGAGAAAAUACUUUUUAGGGCCUUUAAUAAGGGAACAAGACGUGCAUUUAUUCCUUUUGUGUGCAUAAUUUGUGCUGCUGUGGCCUUUAUAUUUAUGUGAUUAUAUCCAAUUAAAACUUGCGCAGUGUGAUAAGUGUUAAGGUAAUAUUACUUUGUCCGACUUAUUAGGAUUGCCGUCAUGACUUUUCUGUAACAAGCUGCAUGUCUGAAAAGGGCUUUAUCAUAGGAACUAACACGAGGCUGUUGAAAAUGUAAAGUGGCACUGAGAAGAAGCAUUCCUCACAGGAAACUAAAUCAUGUAUUAUGAUGUCAAUCACGACCAAAGUAUUCCAUACGAAGCCAUGGAGCAUGUAGAAGAGUCUGUAGGAGCUGUGGGUCGCCACCCGUCACAGUCCAACUAGUGCUAACAUGCUGUUGGGAGGAAGAACAGCCUCACCUCCAGUUGUAGCACCCUGCUGUAGCUCACUAGUACCAGACAGUAUCUGUCUGCUGUCUGCACAACUGUCUUAAUGACCACAAACAACCUAACAGGACCAGAACAGAGAUCUAGUCCCACUGGAUCUAUAAUAAAGGCUGGGGCAGGAUGUAGAAACAUUACUGCAGCGGCAGAGUCUGACUCAGAAUAGGAUGCAGAUGACCAAUGCACAACCGCACGCGCGCACACACACACACACACACACACACACACACACACACACACACACACACACACACACACACACACACACACACACACACACACACACACACACACACACGCACACACACUGUAGACCAAUCAUGUUUUCUUUCCUAAAAAGGCUUGAGUCACUUUUUUUUUUUACGUCUGAGUUUGUAUUUUACAUCAUUAUUACUAAUAUUAUUGUGAGUGUUGAGUCUGAUUCUGAUGAUGGCAGGAUGAUGAUGAUGAUGAUGAUUAUUAUUUAUCACAAGCUAGUUCUAUGUUUGUCUGAUGAGUGAUGGUUACAUUCAGGUAAAUUUAAUACAAAGACGCUGGUGAUGAAGGGAGAGAGAAAUCAAGAGUUGUUUCUUUAAUGCUGCUUUUAUUAUUAUUACUAUUAUUAUUAAUAUUAUUAUUAUUAUUUGUGAUGGUGGUGGUCUCACCUCUUGUUUCCAUCAGUUAGGAUUGGGACAAAAGGACCAUUCAGAAAAGUAGUGGAAUGUAUGGACAGACGGUGCAGUUGAGAUGUCAACAGAUAUGAAAUGUGAAUAAAAGCCAAGUGAAUUUGAA